AUGGAUAAACUGAAUACUUUAACUGGUUUCGAGCUAGUGGAUAAAGGAAUAACAAAAAUUCAAGCGAAUUUACCCGAAUUGGGGUUGAAAGAUGUAUAUCCGACUGGGUCUUGGUUGGAAGAAAAACAGAUACAAGCUGCUAUUGAUGCUCGAAAACAGUUAAUAUGUGCUGAACGAAUAGAAAAAAGUGGUACCAUAAGUCAUGCAGAAUGGAGAGAAAACUUAAUGCUAGCAGAAGUGACACAGAAAAACGGUGGACACUGGCAGUUUAUGGGACACAACAUUGGCAAGCAGCUAUAUUUAUAUCCGGAGGAAACACUCUUUCUAAUGGAAAUUAACUGUCUACUUCUGAAACAUAAUGACGUGAAAGUAUCUCUGCAGCAAGCAUACUCUUUAUUAUUUAGGGACAAGGUGUCUCUAACACAAUAUAUUGUUUAUGCAUCACUAAGUAGAGUAGGCUAUAAAGUGUUAAGACAUAAAAACACGACACCUGAUAAAGAUAAUUGUGAUCAAAGAAAACUCCAAAAGGAUAAUGUUACAGCAAACAACUCUAAUGAGAAAAGUGGAGAUGACCAAAAUAAACAAGCUGUUGUAUCAGAAAUCCAAAGCAAAGUGAUAUCAAAAAGCACUGGUGAUGAAAAUGACAGUGCCAUGGAUGCUUCCUCGGAAAUAUAUGAUAAUAUACCCAAUAGUGAUGCAAACCAUGCAACCGAUGCCACCGUCAAUAGCAACCAUUGUGAUGACGAGAGCCGCAUUUCGAAUGCCUACAGCCGCCAGAUCCUGAAGAUUACAAGCAGGAAAUACAAGCCCUGCGACGGCAAAAAGUUGGCCAAGUGCUUCAAGAGUCUGCCGAACGUGUUGCAUCGUCAAACCGUCACUGUGGACGCACCCGAGAAGGAGUUCGUACCCUCAUCCAUCAGCUUCGCCAGGGCGGCUUAUACGCUGAACCUUAAAGCGGUCAAGUCCAAGGGAAGGCGGCGCGCCUUGAGGAGCUACAGCGCCGGCGACGAGGCGAGCGGCUCCCACGUCCGCAGGGUGAGGAACGCUCCGGAGAGCAGCGCCAGGAACGUUCCAGGAUACGGCACCAACCAGCCCCGUGCAAGGUUCGACCCCCGGCAGCACCGCUUCCCCCAGUUGCGCCCCUCCGACUUCUGGCGGGCGCCUUUCCCCACGGACUACUACGUGACCUUCCCGAGGCUCCUCUUCUCGAGCAUGUUCCCGCGACUGCAGAACUUCUACAGGCCGCAAUACUUCGGACUGAGCCCGCACCACUCCUGCGGCCGUUUCAGGAAGAGGUUGCGCGACAACGCGCAGGGCUACCACUUCGAAUCCAUCAAACAGCUGGCUGCGAGGCUGAAGGCCCUCACGCGCACCGGUUCCGCCCAGCCCGAGAACAUGGAGGCUCUCAACAAACUGAUACAGACUUACAACAAUCGCUACAAAUCGUCCAUACGACUCACGCCCGACCACGAGAUCGUCGAAAGCGAGAACAUCAUGGAAACGAUAGACCUGGACGACGACGACGAGCAAACAAAGAGCAAAAGGCCCCGUCUAGACGACACCUACACGCGGAAUCUAAACGAAAUCAAAGAGCUGGCGAAGAGGCUGAAGGAACUCGAGAGCGAGGGAAAGGCCACCGCCAGGCACCGCCGCUCCUUCUCGAGCCUGCUGCGGACCUUCAAUAAGUCCUACAACGCGGACGUCCACAUGAGUAGGGAUAACGAGGUGUUGGACAGGAGGCACAUAACUCUAGACUCCUCCUCGGAUUCAGACUGCGCUAUGAACGAGCCCGAAACGGGCUACGUCGGCAAGAAGCUACGGAACCCCUUCAACGUGCUGAAGCGGCUAUCGGAGAAACGCGCCGGGCAAUGUUUCCCUUACGAGCCGAGUGCAAGCACGAGCACGGACUACAGCCAUGUGGACCUCACCGUAAACGACCCCUACAACGAAGUGCUAGUCAAGAGUAUCGGCGAUAGGUGGCUGCCCUGCAGGGACGACUUCGGCCGGCCCGAGCUCCCGGCCCCCGGCGCCCGAAUGCUCACCGACAACCUGAUCUACAACUACGCGAAUUACCACCCGCGCGACUGGGCCAGCUGGCCCGAGCUGAAGGUGGCCUACUUGGCCAGCGUCGAGGAGAGCGCCCGCGCCUUCGCCCGCGAGGCGGAGGAGUGCUGCUCCAUCGUGAAGCCCGAGGACUGCGCCGAUAUGGCCACGGUCCUGAGCAAGCUGAGCAUCGUCAAGCCCGCCGGAGACCCCGCCGAGGAGACCGCCCUGAGGGUGGUGUACGACGUUUACAAUAGGGACGUGCAGAACUUCAGGAAGACCAGCCCGCCUACGCCGCAUUUCAGGGUGCUGUGCUUCGAUCAAACUUCGACCUUUCCCGCUGGCGAAGAAAUAGCAGGUCUCCAAUCGAAAUACAAGGAUGGAGUGCAUAUAGUUUUCGCAAUUGUCAACGAGGGAACGCGAUUUCAUGGCUCGUGUAAAGUAAAUUGGCUCGGCGCGUUCCUACGUCGC